AUGACGCGACAACUUCCCUGGGACCGUAAUGCACUGGAACGGACGGCAACUCAAAAGGGAAAGACUGCAUCGACACCUCGCAGAAUCGCGACACCAAAUCGGGCCGUGUCUCGAGCAACAACAGCUGUUGCGUCGCCGCUGGAUCACUCGAAUCAUAAAUCAGCCCGCUCAAAUGGUUUCCUCAGAGAAGGUCUCGAAAAUGACGACAAGUAUCGCAUGGUCGAGGACGAGCUCGUCACAAUCGCAGGUCACUUCACAGCACACCUCCACGCGGCAGAAUACCAGCGCCUAAAAGCCCAAACACGCACCCAAAACGCAGAAACCAUCAAAACCAUUUCCCGCCCCGUCGUCGGGUCCCUCACCGAGCUCGCGCGCAAACGCCAGGAGGAGCUGCUCCGUAAGAAGAAGCAGCGCGAGGCGUUGCGCCGCGCAAAGAGGGAUGCCGGCCGCGACGACGAGGACACUGGGGACGAGACGAGUGUGCCGUGGCGGGGCACAUCGCUGCAGGGGCUCAUGGAUAGUCCCAAGAAGAAGGAGGUGCCGCUGAUGGCGCUGACGAGGGCGGAUUCGGGGGCGGUGAGGACGUCGGCUUCGGGGCUGUUUGGGGGCGUGGUGAGGUCUUCUCAGGGUAAGAGGUCGGUGGCACCGGCGAAGAGGAGGACGCCGGCGGAUGAGGCGAUGACGGAGGAUGAGAGUGAUGACCUCGGAGGACCCGUCAAAGCUCGGCCAUCAGCAACGUACGACGCAUUCAAGCAGCACGCGAAUAUCAGAAGCGAGAGCGUCCACAAAUGGUCGCGGAACCUUGGGAGCAGCGGCUCCGAAACCGAUCUCAUCCGCCAGAGCGGCUACGAACACACAACCCACGAACGAUGA